AUGGGCCUCGACACCGUCGCAUUUAUCCUCGGCGCCCUGACUGCCGGCGGCGGCAUCACCGGCUACAUCCGCACCAGCUCCGUCCCCUCCAUCGCUGCAGGCGUCACCGUCGGCACACUCUACGGCCUCGGCGGCUACCGCAUCUCGCAACGUCAGCCCUACGGCGUCGAGCUGGCGCUGCUGGCCAGCAUCGUGCUGGCGGGUUCGUCUAUUCCCCGUGCCAUCAAGACGGGCAAGCCCCUGCCCAUCGGCUUGAGCCUGCUCGCGACCUAUGGCUUGUUGAACUUUGGCAUGGCGUUCAAGAACAAGACGGCGUGA